UGGGAGUCAUUGCGAUCGGAGGCGGCUGUCUCAGAACUGCUUGGCCCUGCCGGGAGGAGGCGCCACUCGCGAUUGCAGGUGCCCGCGCUGGGGCAGCGAUUCAACCUCACUCCGGUUGGCCGAGGAGAAAAAGGAGAAGGAAAGGGCCGGGCCGGGUCCCCGCCCCUCGCUCCCCGGAUGGAUGUGCCUGGCCCGGUGACACGGCGGGCGGCGGCGGCGGCCACCAUGCUCCUGCGCACGGCUCGGGUCCCGCGCGAGUGCUGGUUCGUGCCCACCGCGCUGCUCUGCGCCUACGGCUUCUUCGCCAGCCUCAGGCCUUCCGAGCCCUUCCUGACCCCCUACCUGCUGGGGCCCGACAAGAACCUUACGGAGAGGGAGGAGACUUUAGAAGGUCCAAGAGCAGUCAUCUUAGAUAGAGCUGUUGUUAACCAAGGCCAAAGACAAAAGGAGGAAAAAAAGGUCUUCAAUGAAAUAUAUCCAGUAUGGACUUACUCUUACCUGGUGCUGUUGUUUCCUGUGUUCCUUGCCACAGACUUCCUCCGUUAUAAACCUGUUGUUCUGCUGCAGGGACUCAGCCUUAUUGUUACAUGGUUCAUGCUGCUCUAUGCCCAGGGACUGCUGGCCAUUCAGUUCUUGGAAUUCUUCUAUGGCAUUGCCACCGCCACUGAAAUUGCCUAUUACUCCUACAUCUACAGCGUGGUAGACCUGAGCAUGUACCAGAAAGUCACGAGUUACUGUCGAAGUGCCACCUUGGUGGGCUUCACAGUGGGCUCUGUCCUAGGGCAGAUCCUCGUCUCAGUGGCAGGCUGGUCCCUAUUCAGCCUGAAUGUCAUCUCUCUUACCUGUGUUUCUGUGGCUUUCGCUGUGGCCUGGUUUCUGCCUAUGCCACAGAAGAGUCUUUUCUUUCACCAUGUUCCUCCCUCCUGCCGGGGAGCAAAUGGCGUCAAGGUACACAGUGGUGGCAUUGCUACUGAUACCUCAGCUUCUAACCACCUUCCGCAGUGGGAAGACGUUGAAUCAAAAAUCCCUCUAAAUACAGAGGAGCCUCCCAUGGAGGAACAGGAAUCCAAGCCAGACCGUCUCCUUGUGCUGAAGGUCCUGUGGAAUGAUUUCCUGGUGUGCUACUCUUCUCACCCUCUGCUCUGCUGGUCCGUGUGGUGGGCCCUCUCCACCUGCGGCUAUUUUCAAGUCGUGAACUAUGCACAAGGCCUGUGGGAGCAAGUGAUGCCUUCUCGUCAUGCUGCCAUCUAUAACGGCGGCGUGGAGGCCGUGUCAACCUUACUCGGUGCUGUUGCUGUGUUUGCAGUUGGUUACAUAAAAAUAUCCUGGUCCAUUUGGGGAGAAUUGACAUUGUCUCUGUUUUCUCUCCUGAUUGCUGCUGCAGUGUACAUCAUGGACACCGUGGGUAACAUUUGGGUGUGCUACACAUCCUACGUUGUCUUCAGAAUCAUCUACAUGUUACUCAUCACUAUAGCAACUUUUCAGAUUGCUGCAAACCUCAGCAUGGAGCGCUACGCCCUAGUGUUUGGUGUAAAUACCUUCAUCGCUCUGGCACUGCAGACUCUGCUCACUCUGAUUGUGGUAGAUGCCAGUGGCCUUGGCUUGGAAAUUACCACUCAGUUCUUCAUCUACGCUGGUUAUUUUGCACUCAUUGCUGUGGUUUUCCUGUCUAAUGGUGCAGUCAAUAUUUUGAAGAAAUACAGAAAGCCGGAAGAUCCAGAAUCAAGUUCUCAAGUGACCACUUCAUAACACACUGCUAAUGAGCUUCUUAUCACAAGAACUCUGCACAGCAGCUGUGCCUGGAUUUAUUUAAUUUUUUAAAGUGUAGACACAUAUUUAUGAGUGUGCAUUUCAUGGCUUCAAAGCAGCCAAUUGACUAUACCUUGUCCUCCUAGAGUAAUAGAAUACUGUUCAGAAGUGAAGUGUAUUUCAUGGAUUAUUUACGAGAGCCAAUAUAAGGAUGACUUUUUUCUGAUUUGAAAGUGAGCUUGCUUUUGAAAACCAAGUAAUCAAGAGCAAUCAAGCAGCGCAUGGUGAUGUAUACUUGCUAGCAAGUGAGUCUGGUGUUUCAUAGGUCAAGUACUUCUGUAUCAGAUUAGCCAGAUGCUUGGCCUGGUGGGACCAGGGCUUCACAGGGGCCACAGAUGUUACAGGUCAGAACAGAAAUAUGUUCUAACAGCACCUGCCUCUGUUCAACUUAAUUCUUAUUUCUGUUAUUCACAUGCAUUUGUGUUUCUACAGAUGAAAGUUGUUCCUAUCACUGACAAUAUGUGCUCUGGUUUGGUGUUUUAUUAGGAAUAUAUGUCAUUUCUAAUUUAUUUUAAAAAAUUCAUUGUGUAAAUAUUCUCAGUUCCCAUCUUGACAAUUAUGUAUUUGUGUGGAUUUUUCAUUUUUACAUUAUUCAUAUGCUUCCCAGAGAAGCUAAUUUAGUUAAAUAAUAAGGCAAGUUUUGAGGCCUGCUAAAAAUCUAAGUGACCUAAUCAGAAAACUUAAGGCAGGUUUGCUUGUCUUUUAUUCUUCAGUAUGAAGGACUAUUAAUUCUAUGAUGAAAAGUUACUAAAUGGGCUAAAGAUAAAACUAACCCAUUUUUUAUUUGCAUUCCCUUUUAUCUCCAAAAUAAAAUGGACAAGUCUUUUUUUAAAUAACUUCAUCUCCAUUUAUAGCUUUUAUAUUAUGUCCUUCUUAUUCAAGAUAAAGAUGUCAUUAAGAGUUGGAUUAUUCCAAGGUCUUUUUCACAAACUGAGCCUCUUAUUAUUUUGGUGGGACAGGAACUAGGAUAGACUUAGUUUCUGCAUUUUGUACACUAAAUCUGCCUUUGUUUCUAAAGGUGGAUCAUCUUGAAUAUCUGCUUAAAAUAAGAAUUGCUAUUGAUUCCGUUUCCAGGUUACUUGAAAAAAAUGUUAUUCUGUGCACAUUUAAUUGGGAAGUUAGUCUACCAAGUGGUUGCUAGCCUAUGUGAGACGUAACUAUUUUGAAGCCAAUUUUGUUGCCUAAUCUUAAAAAAAAAAAACUAGGUUAACUUUUUUAGAACGACAUAGGUAAACACUGAAUAAGAGCGUCAAGAUUCCAAAACUGACAUAUUCAUUUAUGUAAGCAGGAAUUCUAGAAGCAAAUGAAUGAGGAUAAGAAUAAGUCAUUUUCCACUCACCUUCCUUUCUGAAUAAAGGAAAGGAAAAGAACACUAGCUAAGUAAGGGAAGAGGAAGUGAUAUCAUAAAUAGCAGCCUCUAAUUUUAUAUUUUGUCUUUGUUGUGUUUUAUUUUGCUACAUAGGGAAUGGUUUACUCAGAAACAAGUAGAAAAGUGGUAUUUGAGGAAUUUUAUUUAAUUUUUUAAAUAAAAUAGACUGUGGUACAAUCAAUCCUAAAGCAGUAUUUCCCUGGAAUUUAAUUCAAAGUUUGUGGUACACAGUUAGAGCCUUUACUUAUUUAAGACAAUAAUAAGUUUACAUCUUGGUGUGUGGCCCUAUUUGUAGAAUGCUGAACCCAAUUUGCAAGUUGUACUGUAUGCAGUUUUGUAAA